AAGAAGAACGAACUCAAUAUAUAUCACGUGAGAAACGAUCACGCCGAAACUGUAAAUUGAUUGGCUGAAAAAUUUUAUCAUGCGACAAUACAUGUGUUACAAGGCCGUUUUUGUUUACAUUUUUGUGCACGUCGAUUAUUAAAAAGUAUGUAAAGUAUACACGAUUUUAGCAGCCAGUAAGGGAUACAUUGACUUAUCUUUAAGUGAUGUCUGUGUUCCCGUUUGUCAUUUGGAUUCUGUUAGAACUGUUGAUAACAAAGGAAUUGUAUGCGCUACAAUGUGAGCUAGGCACGUACCACAGAUACAGAAAGGAUGGAAGAGAAAGAUGCAAGAAAUGCACACUGUGCAAUGCAGGAGAAGGCUGGAAUACCAGCGUUGAGAUAACUGUUGAUGCUGAGCACGGUUAUUUGGAGUGUUAUCGGUGCGUUGAGUGUCUGAAAGGGUUUUACAGGCCAAUACAUUCAGCUUCUCAGACAUGCUAUAAAUGUCAGUUAGACUGUAAGCGUUUAAACAGAUAUGGGUCGGUAUCAUGUGGGUAUGAUUCGCCUGGGCAUUGCGGAGACUGUAUGUCAGGGUUUAAAGCAGAGAGUCGGGUACCAAACGAUAUUUGUUUCAAGACAGAUGUUAGGGCCCAGACCACGGAAAUGAACGUGCCAACAUCAUCCAGACCACAGACACCCUGGCCCUUGGACGCUGCACAGAUAGUCCUACUUAUCCUUGGCUCGGCUACUACGGUUGUAGUGAUAGUUAUUACACUUACAGUUCUCAUCUGCCGCUGGUUCAAAAAAUGUGGAACUGGACCAGCACUUUCAUCGGAAGAAGGUCUCCUUGCUGCUGAUAAAUCUUCCCCUGUAUCAAAGUGUGACAUUGACACCGACGGUCCUCAACCUGUCCCGGAAAGAGCUGAUAAAUCUUCCCCUGUAUCAAAGUGUGACAUUGACACCGACGGUCCUCAACCUGUCCCGGAAAGAGCUGAUAAAUCUUCCCCUGUAUCAAAGUGUGACAUUGACACCGACAGUCCUCAACCUGUCCCGGAAAGAGCUGAAUUAUGGUCGAGUAAUGAAUGUGAUAUUAUAAUGGCAAAGGUAGAAUUCUCAAAUUCUCAUCAUGUUGUUGAUCGUGCUGUUGGCAGAGAUGAUGAAACGCUUUCCGUGAUCGCCACAACGAUAAGUGGUAAAAACGUUCCAAAAUUCUUUGAUUACCUUCAAAUACACAGAUGCAAAACAGACCCGGAGGAAGAAUUGUGGGAACGAGGAAAGAUAACAUACUCUAAUUUCAUUCUUAAUGUACUAGUAGAAUGGACAAAGUCAGCUCACCCGUUCCCAAAUCUAGCAUGGCUAUGUGAUGCUUUACAGACAGCAUCCUUCCAUGAAGUUGUUGAACAAAUCCUUGCUCUGAAAGAAAAUCAAAUUGUUGUUAACGACUAAAAUGAAUGUUUCCUGCUCUUUCAUUUAAAAUCGUUUCUUGUAAGAACCUUCUUUCUUUAGGGCAAACUAUUAUAAUUGUUACUGCUCUGUGAUAUUAGAUGUGUGAUGUAUAUUUACAGUUUUGAUAUAUCUUAUUUAUAAAUACGUACAUACAUUUUUUCUAUAUAUUCUGUUUGUUGCACAAAUAAUAGUAUUAUUGAAGUGUUUUGAAAAAAAGUUCGGUGUUUUUGUUUCUCAAUGUCUGAAAAACAUUCAAUAAUAAACUGUGUGAAAAAGAUCUUUGAACACAACCAAGCGACAUAUAUACUAGCAGACUCAGUUUGAUUGAGUCUGUUCAUGAGAGGUAACUAAAACUGCAACAUCCCUCACGCUCCCUAGCACCGGCUUAAGUGGUAUUGAUACGGCCUUCGCAACCAGUGCAGACCAAGAUCAGUCUGCACUUCCGUACAGUCUGGUCAUGGUCUGCACUGUUCGCCAUUCAGUCAGUAUCUUUUUGGUAGGUACCCCUUUUAACAGUUAUUGGUACUGUCCAAAUUGAAUGAUGGAUAAGGUAAUUAUAGAAAUUUAGCAGGGUAAGGGUUGAAACGAAUGUACCCCAUGAUCCAAAGGACCAGAACAUAUGAAAACACUGAAUGCACGAGUGGUUAAAUGGGCCAUUACUUAUCUGCAAACAGACAGGUUGACAAACGGACAUACGACUCUUUAUUGCGUAUGAAACUCAAGAUGUCUUUAGGUGGAGAUAGAUAAACUCAAUACCAUGCGAAAAUAAAAAUAGAACCAAGAGAUCGUGUUUCAGUAAUGUAUAACUCAAAAUUAGAUUACGGUUUAAAAAUACACGGUAUAAUUCCAGUAAGUAAUUAAAAAGUAUCACAUACCAUUUAACCUUAACAUGAAGUUCUUGAAAACGUUUGGCUAAGCUAUUGAUAGAUGAAAAUUUUAAAAUCAGUUAAUUGAUUUAUGUUCUUUAUUCUCAAAGUUUCAACAAUGCUGCUUUUACAUAACAAUUCCUAACCUGUAUGUGCUCGAAAGACGCGUUUUGUUAGUCGUUUAUCAUUGAUAUAUUUUUUAUAAUUUGUUAAUCUAUUUAUAGAUCUGUGUUUACAAACAUUCGAUGAUAUAAUAUUUAAAAUUAGUAAUACCCGGUGUAUGUGGUAAUCAUUUUAUUUGUCAUUAAAUAAUGUUACAUCUAGGAUGAUUCUACAUAAACAAUUUAUAACUUGAUAGGUACUUUCUCUGCGUAAUAAAUGAGUAAUGUGAUGAAUUACCGUAUGUUUUCUGUCGGUUUUCGGGUCACUAGCACACAUCUUUCCUAUUUCUGUCAAAUUGCCAGGCCAAGUGUAUUAUUAAUAUGAUAAGUCAAUGGAGCGGUUGCGUACACAAAUUACUUUUUUCUUAUUAUGGCGCACCAACACAAUUAUAGAUCAUAUGGCGACUUUCCAGCUUUUGAUAGUGGAGGAAAACCUUAGGUGCAAAUCGGUGCAUUAUUUCAUCACGAGCGGGCACCUGGAUAGUACCCCCGGCCAUUCGUAAACAAGCUGGAUGGCUUCCACACGUGAAGAAAUCAGAGCCCCACAUCGAUGAGAGGCAACACAAACUAUUAUUUUAUCAUAUUCAGAAAUCAAUUGAAAUUGCAUGCCAUAUUUGUUAUAACAUGAAAGUUCCUUCUACAUGUUCCAUAACAACUGACAUCAAAAAUACGGGUGCAUUGAAUAUUAUUUCUUGAAAUUCACAUGUUAAAUCCAAAAAAUACAAUUCACGUCAAGCUCAUAUAAUGUUAUGUGAUAUACUGAAAUAAAUCUAGAAUCAAUAAUACGUAUUUCUGAUCUGGUACAAAAAUAUUUUUAAUAACAUAAAAUCAAAAAUGAGGAAGUUUAAAUGGCAAAAUGAUUUGUUAUUUUUCUUACAUUAUUUUCAACAGUAUACUAGUAUUACGCAAACAGGUUUUAGUUACUGAAUCACAUAUAUGUACUUUAAAACUGUAUUUAUUAAUAUUUAAAAGUACAUGGUGUUAAAAACUGUGCGUAUUUUUAUAUAUACGAAUAAGAUAUCAAAUGAAAGAGACAUAAAUUUAGAACAGAUAUGGCUUAUUCGGAAGUAAAAAUGGUACCGAAACAACACAAAACAUUAUUUUGAAUUGAUAAAAUUUGCAUUUCAUGUUGAAGUUGACAAAUCAAAUAACGUAAAUUGACAAUGAUUCGAAGGUUAAAAAAUAGUUCAUUGUGAUAGGUGUUGUUAUUUAUAACUCAAUGUUUACAAACAUAAUGACGCAAUAUACAACUAAAAUGUUAAUAUUUAGCACAAUAUCCUUAAAGUAUUGAUAUAAUAAGUUAUAGAUAUACAUAACGCCAGUGUUUCUCAUUAAUACAAUAUCAGAAUAUAACAAGCUGAAUUAAAAACUGAACAUGCCUUUACUGCAUGAUAUAAUUAGUAUUGUCAUGCACUUACAGUAAAACCGUAGUAUGUUAUACAGGAUUAUAGGCCACUGGAAAUUCCGUCAAUCUGACUUAUUGCAAAACGCCGUGUAAAGUGCAAAACUUGUAAAUAUUCCGAUAAGGUUACAACAGCAUUGUCUUACUAUAGAUUGUAAGAAUGCCUUCUUCUAAACCCAUUUAUGUGUUUGAUAAUGAAAAUAUAAUAAUAAAUGUCUGAGUUAAAGUUUUGAAAACGUAUUCUUUCAGAAUACCUUUUUCCUAAUAACUACACAUUGAAAAGUAAAUGUGGUACUUUAUAUGCCAUAACUAGGAGAAGUUUGCUAAUAAGCGCACGAGGACACAACAAAUCGGAAAUUUGUCGUCCUUUCGUGUUUUUGCCCCGAGCACACGAAAAAUCGGUAGUUUUUCGUCCUUUCGUGUCUUCGCCUUUUGGUGCACGUGUACUGCAAGGCGAAUACACGAAGACAAGACAGGACGACCAACUACCGAUAUUUUGUUUUCGUGUGUUUGGGGCAAAGACAUGAAUGGACGAUAAACUGCCACUUUGCCGUGUCUUCCUGUCCUUGUGUGACAUACAAAAAGAAGACAAACUGUCGAAUCAUCAUUUCUGUGUCUUUGUUUGUGGCAUAAACACGAGAACACGCAAAUACGACAAACCUUUGAAUGGUCGUGUCUUCAUUUCCUUAUCUGCUUGGGGCAAAAACACGAAGACACGACAAAUUAAAGGUUCAUACCCGCCGAUACGUCAUUCUGCCAGUAGAAUAUUUCAUGUGUUCGCAUAUCAAGUUUCGUUAUUUCGCAUUAAUUAUUUCUUUGUCCGACACGCGGGAAUACGAUGAUAAAUUAGUAGUUUGUCGUCCUUUCGAGUCGCCCGGAAAACCAAAAUGACACAAAUCAGCCACAAUAUGUAACAGUUCUGGAAAUUGUGGCAUAUUUUCUACCCUAUAUAGUGUUUAUUAACACAUUAGAAUGACAACAUCAGUAAGAAAAGUAACCACAGUAAAGUCAUCUGACCAUAUCAGAAUAAAAAUAAAUCAUCAAAAUCAAGUUUGGCGCGUGAUACAAAAAGGUGUAUCCUAGAUUUUAUUAACUAAUCGUAGU